UGUCUGGCUCGCUUGUGCGAGCAAAGAAUUAUAUGUCCACCAAGGUCGUUCCGGGGGGCGUUCUGCCUGAGGGAAGUUCGGAGGUAAAUGAACGUCUUUAAAACCAAAUAAUGCCACUAUGAUUCAAAUUACUUCGGGUAAUUGCCAUGCGUCCCGAGUAUAGUCCAUAUCGAUUGGUCCAACCGGCGUAGAAGGGUUCCGUCAUUCCAGCGUAGACAGUCAAUCUGGCAGCAUGUUUCCUCGCGAUGUGUAUACGUUUUUCGACGAGGACGAACAGGCGUGGCGUGGACGCAACGUACCACCGCUGUACAAUCCGAACCAAGGUGUCGGUGAGCUUGUGUGGCGUCUGCUGGACCGGGCUCCGUGGAAGAUCGCUCAGAUCAGCGCCGAGAGUGGCGUUCGCGUAACUUACCAGGAGAUGCGACUGAGGUCCAUACGGGUAGCACAGAACUUGUCCUCGAUUGUGGGCAUCCAGAAGGGAGACAUGGUGACCAUCGUGGCUCGGAACAACGAGAAAGUUGCGCCUAUAGUGUAUGGGUGUUUCAUGCUGGGAACGCCGAUGAACACGCUGGAUCCUGGAUUUCACCGAGAGGACUUUGCGCACAUGUUCGAAACCAUCAAGCCGAAGUUGGUGAUCUGCGAAGGAGACCUGGUGAACGAAAUGGUGGCAGCAUUCGAGAUGGUGGACAUUGCUCCGGAGCUGAUCUUAUUCGGGCCUAGGAUCAAUGGUUACGGAAAGGUUGACGACCUAUUGGUUGAAACCGGUACGGAGAAGCACUUCCUGCCGGCGCACAUUGACGACCCGGCCAAUGAGUUGGCGAUCGUGCUCUGCUCAUCAGGAACAACAGGUAGAUCCAAAGGAGUAUCUUUGUCGCAUAGCCUUUGCGUGACGAACAUGACGGGCAUUUGGACGUGUUACGAAUCGGACCGCGUGUUGUGUUUGAGUUCUCUCUACUGGAUAUCGGGAAUAGGAACGCUCAUGACGGGCACGGCAGCUGGUGCAACGCGGAUUAUCACGACGGAGCGGUUCACUGCUGAGAUGAUGAUCAGCAUGAUCGAGCAGUACAGGGUGAACGUGAUCUUCUUUCCUCCAUCGCACGCGUUGGCAAUUCUGAACAACCCAACUAUAGGAAUGGUGGACUUCUCCAGCUUACGGAUGGUUCUUUGCGGUGGAGGACCGGUGUCUGCCGAUUUGAAGCGAUCGUUUGAGAUGUAUUUGCCGAAGGGCCGACUGCACGUUGUAUAUGGUUUAUCCGAAUUGGGUGGAGCUGGCUGUAUGAGCGAAGUGGCCUACAAGAAUGGAUCAGUUGGAAUCCUAUCGAACGGACUUAUGGCAAAGGUCGUGGACGAGCAGGGCAACUCACUACCGUUUAACGAAGAUGGGGAGCUGCUUGUUAAAGCACAGUUCAUCUUCAUGGAAUACUACGACAACCCGGAGGCUACCGCGGAGAUGAAAUCCGAAGAUGGUUGGCUGCAAACCGGCGACAUCGCUCGCGUUGACGAAGAUGGCCUGUUCUACAUAGUGGACCGCAAGAAGGACAUCAUCAAGUACGCGGGCUACCAGAUUUCGCCGACGGAGAUCGAAACCGUAAUUAUGAAGGUCCCCGGGGUGGUGGCCGUCUGCGUAACGGGUAUCCCAGUGCCCGGAAACGAUCUGCCGGUGGCGUUGGUGAUAAAGGCAUUGGGAUCCGAAGUGACGGAAGAGCAGGUCGUCCAGACGGUGGCCGAUAAUAUGGUCGAUUUCAAACACCUGCGGGGAGGUGCUUACUUUGUGAACACUUUUCCGAUGACGCCCUCGGGGAAGAUUCUGCGACGCAAGUGUCGGGAUGUUGCAGUGGAGUUGUAUAAUGCGACACAUAAUUGAACAGGUUUAGAAUCUUAAAAUGUGUAUAGUUUAUUAUUGUUAUAUGAAUAAAUAUUCAUGUAUGGAAA